CAGGUACAGGGGGAGGGGGCUCAGGUGUAAAGUUUCACUUCCUGCUUAUCUCCUGACUGCAGCUCCUCUAUACACCUGGCUGGCAGGUGAGGGGUUACAUACACAGGAUACCUGGCCAUAGGAAACACCCAUUUCAGUUUCAUCUGAAACCUACAGAGGACACAGACAAAGGGGAGUGCUCAGCAAGGGUGGUCGAGAGGGAACCCAGAAGUACUCCAUUUUACCUAUAGGAAAUACCCAGCCAUCCUGAUUGCUAAAUGAACUUCUGGUAGAACCGACUACAGCUAAAUAGAAGAGAAGCAAAGGUUACAGACAGAGCCUCACUGAGCCCCAAGUGGACUUCGUUACCUGCUACACCAAAAUCUGGAAUCUCCUUGCAAAUCGUGAGUCUCUGGAAUAGAAAGUAUAUUAUAACCAGUCGCAUAGAGAUUGCGGGCAGAAAACUCAGUCUUUCGAUUGAUUUUUUUUCUUCAAGGAUCAGAAUGCGUGUCCUGUGCGCUUUUGUGGCCCUCCUAGGGGUCUUAGAACUGUGUUGGGGGGAUUUGAACGGAGAGACCUGCCUGGACAAUUUCACCCGGGGCAUGCCAAACUUUGUGCUGGAACUGAAUGACUCCAUGAGCAGCGGGGCAACAUUCCUCGGUUCCCCCAGCCUAGACCGGGGCAGGGACUGUGUGGCUGCCUGCUGCAGGGUACAGGGCUGUAAUCUGGCUAUGGUGGAGUUGGUGGAUGGGCAUGAUGACCAUAUCAGCGAUUGUUUCCUGCUCAACUGCGUCUACCAGCAGGAAUUCGUCUGCAAGUUCGUUAGGAAGAAUGGAUUUGUCAACUAUGUCACAUUGGACGUCAGCAAUAAGCUGACACACAGGAGGGAGGAUCUAAAAGAAGGAGACGAUGAACCUCCGAUUGCCAAAGUAAACGCAGAUGUGAAAACUCAGCCCUCCCAAGAGGUGACUUUGAGUGGCAUCGAAAGCUGGGAUCGUGAGGGGAUCGCAAGUUAUGACUGGACCCUCCAGCAUGGAGACCCUUCUGUUGUUAUAGAGCAAGACUUGGAGCAGCCUGCAUUCCUAAAGGUGUCUGACCUCAUGGUAGGAGAGUACGUUUUCCAGCUGAUAAUUACUGACACUGCAGAUCAACAGAGUACGGCCACUGUCACCGUCACUGUGCUGACUGUGGAGCAAACUGAGGAGUUCUGUCUUGCUCCUCCAAAAGUUGGUCGAUGCCGUGGCUCCUUCCGGCGAUGGUGGUAUAAUCCAGAUGUGAAUGAUUGUGAGGAGUUUACAUAUGGCGGGUGCAACCCAAACAAGAACAACUACGUCAGAAAAGAGGAUUGUAGGCAAACCUGCGUUAAUUUAUCUGAUCAUUCCAAUAAGGGGAGGAGACUGCAGCCAGUGUGUGAUGGGCACUGUCUCCGUACACAGUUCCAGUGCUCCGACGGAUGCUGCAUACAAGCUGGUCUUGAAUGUGAUAAUACUCCGGACUGUAGUGACCACUCUGACGAGUCUUUCUGUGAUACAUAUGAUAAAGGAUUUACGAAGUUGCAGGAACUGGAUGUUCCAAACAGUAAAGCCCGAUGCGUGGAAUUGCCAGAUACCGGUCCUUGCCGUGCCCACUUUCGUCGGUGGUACUAUGAUCCUUUAUUAAUGAAGUGCACAUUCUUUACUUAUGGGGGCUGCGCUGGGAACUUGAAUAACUUUGCUGAGGAAACACAUUGUACAGAGUUUUGUGAAGGGAUUUCAGAAAAAGAUAUCUUUAGAGAUGCAGAAGAAUCAAGCCCUCAGGAGAGUUCAGGCUCCGCUGAAGUGGCCAUUGCUGUGUUCUUGGGCAUCUGUAUCCUGGUUGUGCUGGCUGUAAUCGGAUACUGCUAUAUGAAAAAGAAAAAAGGCAAGCGACAAACAAAUGUGAAUAACACCGCCCUCGCCGCCAUUGAAGACACGGAGCACCUAAUGUAUAACCGGACCACCAAACCCGUGUGACAACCGAUGACUACCCAUUGAAAAAUGAAUGUGCCUUUAUACUGUGUUCAACACUCCAUGCUGUGGUUUACUGCACUGGGAGAUCACAAAGCCACAAAUUCUGCAGAGAAAAAUGAGUUACACAUGGCCGCCUAGCCAAUUGUUGUGGCUCAAGUGAAUUGAACUAUUUGCCUCCCAAGAGCACAUAUAAGACACUGUGAGACUCGGCGGUUAAUUUUAAUGUGCCUUUAAAUAAAAUGUAGGAAAACCUACCAUUUUAAAGGACUGUAUUGUUUGGUAACUCCCCCCCUAGAGUACAGCAUUGUAUCAUACUGUCCUAUUGUCUUGAGUCACAAAUUAUAAUUAUAAUUUUUUAGGGUUUUUUUUUUUUAUUACUUUUUUUUUGUUUUGGAGGGGGGUGUUCUAUUUUGAUGUGAUGUGUUAUAUUUUUUAUUCUCUUUAUCUAAAGUUUAUUCGUUUAUGUGCAAAAUUAUUCCUGCUGUAUUGCUGAUUACUUAGGCUAGUGUCAGACCAGCAUUGCAAAUAAUGGCAUUUACAUGGACCGUUGCCAAUAAAUGCUGUGUACAGUAGCUAGUGAUGAUACACUGUACAUUCGUUAGUUUAAUAUUCAAAUGUGUAUGUGCCCACGUCAGAGUGAUUAAAUGCUGCGUCUCAAUCACAGCACAGGCAAGUCUACGGGCAGAUGUAUGAAGUCUUGGAGAUAGAUAAACUACCAACCAAUCAGCUCCUAAUGGUCAUUUUUCAAACACAGCCUGUAACAUAGCAGUUAGGAACUAAUUGGUACUUUAUCUCUCUCCACUUGUACUAAGCCCUGGAGAGGGGGGGGGGGGAGAGAGAAAAAAACUACCAACCAAUCAGCUCCUGUCAUUUUGUCAAACAUAGCAGUUAGGAGCUGAUUGGCUGGCACUUUCUCCUCUCUCCACUUUAUCACUCUUCCAAGGCUUAGUAUAACAAACUCUGUCGCCUUUACACAGUAAUAUUCCAGCUUAUUAAAUGUGACCUGUUUCAGCGGUUAUACUUACAUUUAAUAUUGUUGAAUAAAUGAUUCUUAACUGUCAGAAAACCUGCAAUGCACAUCUUGGCUGUUUAAAGCAGUAAAGAUGCCAGAGAUGGAUGUAUUCUGUGUUGAAUGUAACUCCAGAGAAGCACCUCAUGACCAUCUUCCAUUUUGUUGAAGACUGUCAAAUGUAAUGGAUGUCACAGUUGUAGACAAGUGCUGCUAUAAUUUGAAGAGGGUAAAAAAAAAAAUUUGUACAUUAUAUGUAUUGUGUUUUUAUUUUUUCAAUUGGUGUGUAAAUGUGUAUUCUUCUAACCCACCUCCACUUCUUAAGCACCAUUGGUUCCAUUAAUAAAACUAUGGAAUAAAAUUAGAGAACAUUUUUAUUUUUUCUCUUCAGUAAUGUUAUACAUUUUUUGGUUUGAUACAGUUUGGUUUAUUGCAUACCUUUUUUUAAAUUCAUCAUUGAAAUCAACAUUUUAGAUCCAGAAAACCAGAGUGUGUCUGCAAAUCUGACUUCUCCAACCUUACCGCUAAUGUUUAGCUUGCACUACAGUAUGUCUCUGUAUUUUUGCUAGCAUGCUAAAUAUAUUACUUGCAAGCACCAAACGCUGGCUUUAUUCACUCGGAUAACAUGUCGGAGCAGAGACUUAUAGAAACAGAAAGCAUUUCAGUUUAUUUUGUGCAAACUUACCCAAAGCUGUAAAAAGUGAAAAGCUUAUUUGCCCAGAGUAUUUCCUGUAAUAAAAACCUUUUCUUUGCAA